AUGUUCCAGAUUGUCAUUUUGGCAGCCUAUUUAGUGGCAAGUUGCUCAGCACUUCAAGACCAUUCGGAUGAUUGGGGUUGGAAUGGCAAGUAUAAGUUCGAGUAUGGCGUCAAAGAUCCUCACACCGGUGAUCACAAAAGUCAGUGGGAAAUCAGCGACGGUCAUGGACUGAAAGGUGGUUACACUUUGGAUGAACCCGACGGCACUAAACAUUACGUUGAGUAUAAGGCUGAUAAAUGGCACGGGUUCCAGGCGAUUGUGAAACGAGUAGGACAUGCUAUCCAUCCGAAGACCUAUGGAACCCCUUUUGUAGUGAAACACAAGAAACAAAAUAAUGAGCAGAUUAACAAUGGAUAUGGAUAUGAAGAGAAAGAUUAUUCUAGCAGUGGAUAUCAAUCAUCAAAUGGACAAAAUGCUUAUUCAUCAGUUGAAGGAGGCAACGGUUGGAUCAAUCAGAAGGCUAGCUCAAGCAGGAGCAAUAAUGCGAAUGGAUGGAUAAAUGGGAAUGAGAACAAUUACGCUACCAGCUAUGUAAAACAGAAAAGCUACUAUUAA